GAAAGGCAGAGGACAAUGGCGGGGCUGCAGAGGGCACUGCUGCUGGUGACAGGCUUGGCUGUAGGGGCCUGCAUGGCCCAGCCCCAUUCAAACUAUGACGAGAUGGUCGAGCAGGCAGUGCAGGUCUUCAAUCUGGGGCGACCGGGACAGGCCCUCUUCCGCCUGCUGGAAACUCUCCCACCAUCUCCUUCAAACUCCGCCUCGAUUCUGAGCAAGACUAAGCUCAACUUCAGGAUUAAAGAGACGGUGUGUCAGAAGAGACAGCUGCAAGCAUGUGCCUUCAGGCAGGGAGGGGAGGAGCGAGACUGUACCGGUGCCUUCUUGUUGUCGGGCAACGUUGGCAUCCUGAUGGCGGACUGCAUCCCCAGCCAAGAGCCAAAGGCGCCCCGGGCGAGACGUUCCGCUGAGGAGGUCGACAGCUCCAAGCUGCCACCUGCGGCCAGGGACAUGUAUGAGAAGGCCAAAUAUGACAUCAUUUCCAACAUCUUGAGGAACUUCUAGGGCCGGAGAAAGCGGCCCUGCACCCCCCCCCACCACCCCCUUUCGUCUGUGGGUGGAGCCCACCUGCCCCUUUGCCUUGCACACACCUGCCUCCCACUGUCUGGCGUUCAUUCCUCCCCAUCCUGGGCCUGCAAACCCUAAUUCACCCUCGAGGCACAGCUCCUGCAGGCAGCCUCCCCUUCUCUUCCCUUUCCUCAUCUGUGCAUUCACAAUUCUCAGCAGUACCCAACCUCACCCCUCUCUCUUUCUCUAAUAAAAUGUAAAAUGAAAUGAAACAAGCAAAACAAACAAACAGGAACAGUGCAAUGGAAAUAAGCAUGUGAAAGACCCUGCAGCUUGAAAAAAAAUAAAAAGCAAAGGAAAAGAUUAAAAAUUAAUGGCAGGGGGAGUCAGGCGGUAGCGCAGCAGGUUAAGUGCACGUGGUAUAAAGCGCAAGGACCGGUGUGAGGAUCCCAGUUCGAGCCCCGGCUCCCCACCUGCAGGGGGGGUCACUUCACAGGCGGUGAAGCAGGUCUGCAGGUGUCUGUCUUUCUCUCCCCCUCUCUGUCUUCCCCUCCCCUCUCCAUUUCUCUCUGUCCUAUCCAACAACAACAAUAACUACAACAAUAAAAUAAUGAAAAAUAAAAACAAUAACUACAACAACAAUAAAACAACAAGGGCAACAAAAGGAAAAAUAAACAAAUAAUUUUAAAAAUUAAUGGAAAUCUUCCCCAAGUUCUUAUUUUUGUUAUUAUUACUAUUUUUUGGUCAUCAUCACUGGGGUUUCACCUCUCCAGGCCAACUUAAAAAAUUUUAUUAGUGAUUUAAUACUGACUUACAAAAUCAUGAGAUAAGGGGUGUAAGUCCAUACUCUUUCCACCACCAGAGUUCUGUGUCCCCAUUCCUUCCACUGGAAAGCACAGUAGUUCUCCCAAGUUGCAGAUAUGGGCUGAAUACUAUUUCUAUAACUGCCUAUAUUCACAUAUAUUUGCCCACUUUCUCCUACGAUCCUGCCGUCUCUUCCUUUCUCCGCCAGGCCAACUUUUUCAGACAGAGAGGGCCAGACACAGGAGCACCGGGUACCACAGCACUGAAGUGUCUUGUGUGAAUUUUAUAUUAUUGUUCUCAGAAUACACUUAAACAAAAACAGAAAGUUUUAAAACUUCCUUAUGAACCAAUGCACCAAGACUGUUGGCAAAUAAUAAUAAAAAUAAUUGUAUCUAUUGUGCUUUUCUCUCUGGAAUCUGCAACUCUGUGCCCCUUUUCACACGGUCAGUCACACCAGUGCCCCAAGUUUAGAUUCCCUCUAGACUUUGCAAAUUAAAUUCAACCAAACUAGAGCCUAGUCAUUAAAAGAUACAAUAUAGGGCUGGGGAAACAGCAUAGUGUUUCUGCAAAAGACUCUCAUGCCUACGGCUCUGAGGUCCCAGGUUCAAUCCUCAGAGCUACCACUACUGGCCAGAGCUGAGCAGGGCUCUGGCCUGUAUCUUUCUCUCUACACAUCUCUUUCUCAUUAAAGUAAAAUAAAAAUAUUAAAAAAAGAGGCAGUCUGAAA